GCGCCAACGUCCAUAAUAGUGCUUUAGUGAAAAUUCGUUUAAUAUAUUGUGAAUAUUAAUAAAACAUUUCAUUAUAAUAAAAUGUAAGUUUUGUACAAUUUAUGUUCAUUACAAAAUUUUUGAGAAAUUUGUAAUUAUGUCAAGUUAUAUAGGUAAUCAUUCUGCUAGAAAAUCAGAUGAUAAAUAUGAUGAUGAUUUAAAUGAUAGGGAUGACUCAAAAAGAAAAUCAAGAAAUUUGAGUGAAAAGAAACGAAGAGAUCAGUUCAACAGUUUAAUUAAUGAACUGAAUUGUAUGCUAUCAACCAACAAUAGAAAAAUGGAUAAAUCCACUGUUCUUCGAACAACUAUAAACUAUUUAAAAAAUCAAAAAGAUAUUGUUCUGAGAUCAAGAGUACAUGAAAUUGACAAUGAAUGGAAACCUCCAUUUUUAUUUAAUGAAGAAUUCACUCACAUUAUUCUAGAGGCAUUAGAUGGAUUUAUAAUAGUAUUUACAUCCAUAGGAAAAAUAUUGUAUGCUUCUGAAACAGUAACUGCCUUACUUGGUUAUCUUCCGAAAACUUUAACAAACAAGUCUAUAUUCAAGGUAGUUAAUGAAGCAGAUCAUCCAGUAAUACAACAUCAUAUUGCUGAAUCUAAACACUCAUAUGAAAAUAAAAACAAUCAAGUUGAAUUUUCAUGUCAUUGUAAAAGACACAAUCCUUUUAAAAAUGAAGACGAAACAAAUUUAUUUGAGUUAGUUCAGUUUUUUGGAUAUUUUAGAAAUAGCAAUGAUAUUUUACACGGGGAUAGUGGUAUUAUAUCAUCUUAUAGUAAUGACGAUGAUGAACAAAGUUUAGUAUUUGUUGGUAUUGGAAGAAUAAUGACACCGCAAUUAUUAAAAGAACUAACUGUUAUGGAAGACAUUAAAAGUGAAUUUACCUCAAGACAUAGUUUAGAAUGGAAAUUUUUGUUUCUAGAUCAUAGAGGACCACCAAUAAUAGGCUAUAUGCCAUUUGAAGUACUAGGAACAUCUGGAUAUGAAUAUUAUCAUAUAGAUGAUCUUGAAGAUGUAAUAUUAUCACAUCAAGCCUUAAUGUUAAAAGGAGAAGAAACAUCUUGUUAUUAUCGAUUUUUAACUAAAGGUCAACAAUGGAUAUGGCUGCAAUCAAGAUAUUAUAUAAGUUACCAUCAAUGGAAUUCAAAACCUGAAUUUAUUGUUUGCCAUCAUAGAGUCAUUAACUAUUUAAAUGUCAUUAAAAGAGAAGGAGAGACUGAAGAUGGAAAAAAAAAUUGUCAAAAAAGAUUGUGGCAUUUGCCUUUAAAUGAACAUUCUCAAAGAUUAUCAAAAAGUACUAGUGGAUCUUACCAAAGAAAACAUUAUGAGAUGCAAACAACAGACUUGCCAAAAUUGAAAAUAAGAUUAGUUGAAGAUGCUUCAAGUUCAAAUUGUGAAAAGUCACAUAUGAAAGUAGUUGAAACUAAACAAGAGCUCCCUGAACAAUUCAAUAACUACUUACAAAAUACACAAAAUUCUAUGAAAGUGCCUUCGGUUACUGUUUCUCCUUUGCCUGAAAAUAUAAUUCAAGAUCAGUUACAACGUAAGCAAGAACAAUUACAAAAAACUAUUGUAAGACAACAAGAGGAACUACGUAAAGUUUCAGAACAGUUACUUAUGGCUAGAUGUGGAAUAUUACCAUCUUAUAUUGAUGGUUCUCUUCAGUUGACUGCUUCAAAUGCAAGACAAUUAACACAGCCUGAGACAUCGGUAACACAAAUAAUUUGUUCCUCGACAAAUGAAAGUUUUUUUGAUUCGUCAGCAUUAAUGCCUCCUGAUGUACUUAUGUUAAAUCAUCGGAAUGAGCAAAAUUUAGAGUCAUCUUUUUCCUCAAAUAUAAUGCAAAAUAUGGUUGAUGAAGGAGGAGGACAUCUAGACUAUGAUUUUAAUCAGUCAAGUUCUGUAAUUUAUGACCAAAGUUCUCAAUCAAAACAACAAUAAAUCUUUAAAUUAACAAAUAAUUAAGGUUUACCAAGUUAAUUAUACUUUUUUUGAAUCUGCCCUUCUUUUUAUUAGUUCAUUUUUUUUUUUAUAAGAUGCUCAAUGUUAAUAAUUAAAGUAUGAAUAAUAUAUAUAUAUAUAUAUAUAUAGCUAAUAAUCUAAUU